AAACUGUUCUGUAUUUUAUUACAAGUGUAAUAACAGUACCUGAAACUAAAGUUUUUUAGUCUUUAAACAUAGUUCAACUUGUUUGUGAGUGUUAAGAAUGAGCAGGGAAACUGAGCGUAAGAUUUUGCGCCUCCUCCACGGCCAUAAAACUCGAACCCAACUCUGUCAAAUCCACGCACAUUUCCUUCGCCAUGGUCUCGACCAGCUCAACCAUAUUCUUGCUCAUUUUAUUUCUGUUUGCGGGUCUCAGAAUAAAAUGGCGUAUGCGAAUCGUGUUUUUCUACAAGCUCAAAACCCCAGUAUACUACCCUUCAAUGCUAUGAUUAAAGGGUACUCUUUAUCUGGACCCUAUGAAAACUCUGUUAGUUUUUUUAUGUCAAUGAGAGAGCGAGGCAUUUGUCCUGAUGAGUACACUUUUGCGCCUUUGCUUAAGGCUUGUUCGAAUAUUUGCACUCUUAAACUUGGCCAGUGUGUUCAUAAAGAUGCUAUAGUUCUUGGGUUUGAGUGUUUUAGCUCGAUACGGAUUGGAGUUGUUGAACUUUAUGCUAAGUGUGGGAUGUUAGAGGAUGCUGGGAAACUGUUUGAUGAAAUGUGUGAGAGAGAUGUGAUUGUUUGGAAUUUAAUGAUUCGUGGCUAUUGUAAAAGAGGAGAUGUUGACAUGGGUUUGUAUUUGUUUAGGAAAAUGAGUGAACGGAGUGUUGUUUCGUGGAACUUAAUGAUUUCUUGUUUGGCACAGAGUGGGAGGUUUAGUGAAGCUUUGGAGCUUUUUCAUGAAAUGCGGGAUCGGGGCGUUAAGCCGGACGAGGCGACCAUAGUCACUGUUUUGCCAAUUUGUGCUCGUUUGGAAGCUGUUAGUGUAGGGCAAGAAAUUAAGUCUUAUGCUGAGUCGAGUGGGCUCUAUCGAGACUUUGUUUCUGUAGGCAAUGCGUUAGUAGAUUUUUAUAGUAAAUGUGGCAUGUUGGAGACUGCUAGAAGUGUAUUUGAUGAGAUGCCUCAAAAGAGUGUGGUUUCUUGGAAUUCAAUGAUUUCGGCUAUGGCGUUUAACGGGAAGGGGGAAGUCGGACUAGAUUUGUUCGAGGAGAUGAUAAACAAAGGCAUGAAGCCUAAUGAGGCGACCUUUGUUGCAGUUUUAUCAUGUUGUUCUCAUGCAGGGUUGGUGGAAAGAGGGAGCGAUCUGUUUGCUUCGAUGACUGCAAAUCACCAAAUCAAACCGAAACUUGAGCAUUAUGGAUGCAUGGUUGAUCUACUUGGCCGUUGUGGAUGUGUAAGGGAGGCUUAUGAGUUGAUCAAAUCCAUGAUUGAGGCGCCAAAUGCUUCUUUAUGGGGUUCUUUGCUCAGUGCUUGCCGUACUCAUGGUGAGAUGGAACUUGCACAAGUUUCUGUCCAAGAGCUUAUAAAUCUCGAACCCUCGAAUUCCGGUAAUUAUGUGCUGUUGUCAAAUAUGUAUGCAGAAGAAAAGAAAUGGGAUAAAGUUGAGGAGGUUAGAGCAAUGAUGAGAGAUCGGAAUAUCAAGAAAGAAUCAGGGCAGAGUGCAGUGGGAUAGUUUCAAGAGUGAAGAACUUUAUGGAUCUCAUUUCUGCAUGAUUGAGUACUAUAUUGCGUAUGAAACUUGUUAAAGUCCUAUCUUUCUGUAUUUUGAAACUCGGAAACUUUAUAUCUAUAAUCAAUUCUUGAAAAGAAUGUGGUUUCUUCGUGCUCAAAAUGUUUUAAAAGCUUUUAGAGCUUUGAAACUUUCUAUUCAUAAUCUAUUCUUGUAAAAAAUGUGAUUUCACCGUUUUCCGCUGCGUUUUCCAUUUUCAUCCAACGUUAAUGAAAUAACGGUAUGUUUUCGAUAUGAAAUGACUGUUUGUUUUA